CUGGAGACGCGCGGUCGAGCGACAGUCGACGACAUGGCGGUGACGCGAGGGGUUGUCCUGGCGCUGCUGCUCGCCGGGCUGUGCGCGCGCUGCUCGGCCCUCGUCGUGGGAAAGGUAGUAAAAACAAUCCACGAUGCGGCCCAUACUACUGGAGACGUUUUAGUAGAUACUGUCGAGAAGAUACCCGUGGUUGGAGGCGUGGCGGGGACCCUGACGGCGAGUGUGGCGGACGCCGCCCACGACGUGGCAGCGACGGUCGGCGAGCACGUGGGCGACACCGUGCAGGCGGGGCUGGACGCCGUGGCUCCAGCUACCCCCUGCUACGAACAUCUGGGAUGCUUCCCCAUGAUGGGGCCGUGGUGGUCCUUAGACAGGCUUGUACCUGCGCCACAGACUCCAGAAGACAUUGAAACCAGAUUCUAUCUCUACACAAGGGCACAGCCUGAGCGUUACUACAUCCAGACCAGACCCAAUGUCUCUGUGGAUGGGUCAGACUAUAACGGCAACCGUGUUACUGUAAUGAUUACUCAUGGGUUUGCCAGUAAUGGAAAUUCUUCAUGGCUGGAGGAAAUGAAGGAUGCAGUUCUGAACAAGAUUGAUGCUAACGUAAUCAUAGUGGACUGGGGAAAGGGCUCCUCCAAACUCAACUACUUCCAAGUGUCAGCCAAUACCAGAGUCGUCGGUGCAGAAAUUGCCAGGGUUUGUUUGUACCUGCAGAAAAAUCAUAGCAUGUCCCCUAAAAGACUUCACCUCAUUGGCCACAGCUUGGGAGCUCACAUCAUGAGUUAUGUCAGCAAGAAUGUAACAAGAAUAGCAAGGAUAACAGGCCUGGAUCCAGCACAACCGUUGUUCGAAGACUUCCCCAACGAAGUUCUCCUCGACCCGUCUGAUGCCGUGUUUGUAGACAUUGUGCACACGGAUGCCGAGCAGUUCCUUCCCUUCUUGGGACUAGGGGUGGUCAAAGCCCAUGGUCACGUUGACUUCUACGUGAAUGGCGGCAACAACCAACCCGGCUGCAGCCUGAAGGACCUCAUCAAGCCUAACAUCACGUCCAUCGCGCAACUCGCCACAACUCUGGUGGAAGUCAUAGCUGACUACGUGAGCUGUCCUCAUGGCCGUUCUUACGAAGUGUGGACUGCUUCAUUGCGUUACGAUAACUGCACCUUCCUAGGAGCUCUCGAAUCACAAAGCAAUGAAGACGGCAGUAAUGAAGAGGGACGUGGUAUUCUAGACAUUGUUGCUCCUCUAGGGCUGUCGACAAACCUUUUUCCUGCUAGAGGGUCCUUCUAUGUUAAAACCAGCGGAACUGAGCCUUUCUGCCUUGAAGACUCUGAAGCCGAAAAAGUGUUUUCCUAUGCUAUGAAAGUAUUAAGUGAUGAUUCAGCCGAGGCUUAACACACCAUCGUUGCAAGUUUAAAGUGUUUCAUCAUUAGCAGUUGCCAAGCUCUGAUGAGAAGCGAGAUGCUAACCUCACAGUUCUUUCAAAGUUUAAUAAAUGAAUGUAAGGAUGCCUGGCAUUUGCUGUUGAAAUUAAAUUUAACGUAAAGUACAACAUACCAAAUGAAAAAAAAAUUGUAAUUACAUUGAAAAUGUCUGUAUACCUGAAAUAUGUAAUAAACUAUGUUUGAAAAUGUUAUUGGCAUAACAUUACAAUUUUAAAAGUCAGAA